CCUAGCAAAUGCGCGCGCAACCUGGGUAGUUUUCCCCGCGCGCCCCCUACCAUGGCUGCCGCGGGUCCCAGUGUCUUUCUACUCAUGGUCAACGGGCAGGUGGAGAGCGCCCAGUUCCCUGAGUACGACGACCUCUACUGCAAGUACUGCUUCGUGUACGGUCACGACUGGGUCCCCACGGCGGGUCUGGAGGAGGGCAUCUCCCAGAUCACAUCUAAGAGCCAAGGUGUGCGGCCCGCGCUGGUGUGGAACUUCCCCAUUGACGUCACCUUUAAAAGCACCAACCCCUUUGGCUGGCCGCAGAUCGUGCUCAGCGUGUACGGGCCGGACGUGUUCGGGAACGACGUGGUCCGAGGCUACGGGGCAGUGCAUGUGCCUUUCUCCCCUGGCAGGCACAAAAGGACCAUCCCCAUGUUUGUCCCAGAAUCUACAUCUACGCUGCAGAAGUUCACAAGCUGGUUCAUGGGACGGCGGCCCGAGUACACAGACCCCAAGGUGGUGGCUCAGGGCGAAGGCCGGGAAGUGACCCGUGUCCGCUCCCAGGGCUUUGUCACUCUCUUCUUCAACGUGGUGACCAAGGACUUGAGGAAGCUGGGCUACGACACUGGGCCUGCGGACACGCAGGGUGUCUCAGGGCCCGACCUGCCCCAGGGCCUCGUGCAGUGAAGGCGGAGCGAGGCCGGCCCAGCAGCCCCCGCGAGGCCGGGAGCGACCGCUGGUCCACACACCUGACUCAAGUGCAGUUCGGCGGGGAGGGUGGUAUUUUUAUAAAAUAAAUGGUGGUUUUGUCACAGGACCCAGGCCUGGGCUGCCUCCUUUUC